UCAUGAUGACUAGCUCAAACUAUUCAGUGCAGACCACAGUUAGAGCCAGUGAACAGUGCUGUAGUGUCUGCAGACUCCCUUCUUCCCCUCCCACCUCCGUUUACAGCACUUUUUAGAAAAGGAUUGGGCUUGAGACCACAAGCUAGGAGCCAGUGUAACACCCACAGUCUGCCAGCUGGACUGCUAUAUAGAGUGAGACUGGUUGAGAACAGUGCCCUUUUCUUCCUGAUGAACACAGUUCCAUGACAGUCAGCUUGUCUCUUAGAGUCAGCAAAAACAAACCAGAGAUUUGCAUGUUCAAAAUAUUGCAUAUCCAUUAAUCUGCUGUUGCUGCUGCCCUGGAUGUUGUCUUCUUACCCCAAGUCACAGGGUCCCACUUUUCUACGUGCCUUUUUGAAUCACUCAGUAGGAAAGAUGUCUCUUGAUCACCACAUGAUGAACAGCUCCACGUUGCCAACUUCACAUCCUCCUGAACAUCACCACUCUACAGCAGCCCUGGAACAUAGUCAUGGAACUGGGAUGAUGAUGAUGGCAAUGACUUUCCACUUCAGCUAUGAGAACGUGCCGCUGCUGUUUUCCGGACUUACAAUCAAUACUCCUGGAGAAAUGGCUGGUGCCUUUGUGGCUGUCUUCUUCCUAGCCAUGUUUUAUGAAGGCCUAAAGAUUGCCCGAGAGUGUCUGCUCCGUAAAUCCCAGGUCAGCAUUCGCUACAACUCUAUGCCAGUGCCAGGUCCAAAUGGCACCAUCUUGAUGGAGACGCAUAAAACUGUUGGACAGCAGAUGCUGAGCUUUCCUCACCUCCUGCAGACUGUACUGCACAUCAUCCAAGUCGUGGUCAGCUACUUCCUUAUGCUGAUCUUCAUGACGUACAAUGGCUACCUCUGCAUAGCUGUGGCAGCAGGGGCAGGGAUGGGUUAUUUCUUCUUCAGCUGGAAAAAGGCAGUUGUUGUGGAUAUCACUGAGCACUGCCAUUAAUACUGGAUGCUGCCCAGGAGCCUUUCCACCUCUGCUCUCUUGAAAUGCAGCCGUCAUGAGGACUGGAUCAUUCCUAAGCUGAAAGAGAAACAAUAUAAUCAAUCCAAGUUCACCACAGGUUCCUAGCUGGGUUGUAGGGAUGUGAGGAGCUGGGGUACGCUGCUCCCUCAGGCUGCAGGCUGGCAGCUGGGCUGACUCUUGAGGAUCCCAUGGUAGCCAUUCUUGGCUAGUAUUUGCUUUAUUCUUAGAUUAUGCCGUGAUUGAAAUUAGUUGGCUGACAGAAAUAUAGAGGUUUUUCUUUUUUUUUUUUUAAAAAAAAAAACAUUUUAUUUUUAAAUUGUAAAUGCUUAUCUGUGAGGGUUUUAUGAACAGUAGGUAAAGAUCAAAGUUGCCAAUGGAGCCUAUGUGUGCAAAUGGCUAUUUUAAUUUUUUUUUAAUGUGUACGUAAUGCCAGGGGAGAAAUCCCUGGCGUUGUGGCUUUUGGGGCCAAUGGCGCCUUCUAAUUCAGUUCUGAGAACAGAGUUCCACAAGAUGCAGCUGCUGGGGAAGACUUGGUGCUGCACAUGAGACAGGCUCAGGUCUGUCCUGGCAAGCGAGCAUCCUGACAUGAGUACGUGAGUCCUGUGCUUCUGGGAGUCUGGAGGGUUGGUCCUCCAAGCCCAUCAGAGUACGAUGAGUGUUGUUAGGCUUCUGAUGUAUCCAGCAGCAUUAUUCAGCUUUAAGUGCUAACAUUUCAGUGUGGCUGCUUUCACUUCCUGAUCAUGGAAAUGUACUGAGUAGGUGCAGGACAAUGCAUAUCUAUAGGGCAAAAAAGAUUUUAAAUAAACCAUUGAAUCCACAUUGACUUCAUGUUAAAUUAGACCUGGAUGGAUCUAGAGCUAGACUUCAGUUUACUAAAACUCAUUCUGCAAAAGAGACAGGACCUAAAUAGUAUUUUUGUGCCGCUAGAGGUUAAAAUGUCUGAAGAGGGCAUUCCUUGAUUGAGAUGAAGGAAAUAAAACAACCACAUUCCUGUGAAGGGGAGAUUUGUGGAAGAGAAGAAAGCAGCCUUUAAUCUGUUUCUCCUCAGGUGAAAUUUGGAGCAGCUUGGGCUGAUUUAAAAAAAAUAAUUGUGACCCAAGUGACUCCUCUUUGUCUUAAUAAUCAUGCUGUGACCUUGCUAGCUUGUAGGUGCAAGAGUUGUCGGUGCCAGUGGUGGAAAGGUGUAGUAGCUCAGUAGAAAAUCUUCCCAUUCAGGGCUGUGAGCUCUGCAGAUUUAACAGGCAAAAAAGGAUAGCUUCCAGGAGGGGUGUUGCCCAGAAAACACUUCGAGUUUUCUAGGGAACAGUUUUGGUUUGGCACUUCGUUAUUAAACUGCUUCCUGUUGUAGGGAAUGCCGUGCUGUUAGAGUGUGGUGCAAAGCUGGAGCCUUCCCUCUGCCCAAGAUGUCUUCUUCGUGACUGUAAAUGGCUGAAAGGGAAGACAGUGGGAUUUGCAGAAGGCCACUGAAAAAUAGGCAUCACUUUUGGACUGGGACUGAUGACUGGGAUGUGUCCUGUGGACAGGGAAUCCUUUUGAAGUGAAAGUAUCCGGCCACAUACAGUAGCAGUUUUUGCUCUGAAGUUGCUACUCGUUGCGCUGUUAGCAGCCAUGUAAGGAAAGCUGGUGCUUGUGAAGGGGAGUUAUGUUUCUUUAGCCUGUAAGCAUUAAAGGACAAGGCCUAUCCCUGUGUAUGUGAGUUCUUCAAUGUGUUGGUGCUACUACUACUACUAAGCCCAUUCUCAACCUACCACCGUCUUUGAAAAGCAAUAGGAAAUCUGUUAUUGCUACUGCCAGGCCACUUGCCAGGAUCCUGUAUUGCACCAUCUAAGGUCAACCUUCCUGUAGAUGAUGCCAGGCAUUUAUUUGGACAUCUUGUUUUCUUUUGGCAGUGCAAAUACAGGAAAAAAAAAGAUGAAUUAAAAUCAAGUUCAGGUUUCUAAAGAGCUUAUUUCUGUAGCAAAUCCACAUCUGAAUGAAAGUAGGCUACUUUCAUGGAAAGAUUCUGGCCACCUCCUGACAAAAGAGGUAGGAAAAGCUAUUCCCCAGUCUGGUCUUCAAAGGGAGUCUGUAACACUACAGAAAGACACAUGUAGUAGUCUGGGGUCCGCAACAGACUACAGAAGGACAUCUCUAGACUGAUGCCCUCUCUCUACAUCUGUCACAAAGGUAAAAAUCCUCUGUACUCUCUAAACACUCAUGUUUUGUUGCGAGAGAGGAAAAUGGGGCUCUUCCAGUCCCUAUGUGAGAGCUGGGAGGAAAUCUUAAUGCUUGUUAGAGAAACUAGAAGCAGUUAACUGCUGAAGUUGCUUGUUUAUGUUUUGAAAGCUUUACACUGCAGAGACUUAACCUCUGAAGGAGUUUGGAGCUGAGACAUGCUCCGACUGGUUUCUCUUGAACAAACUGAAGCUGUUACCAUUAUAGGGAUGCCUGAUUACAGGGUGUAGUCACUAAUGGCUUCAUAUGCUGACACUAAUAACUUCAUAUACCUCUAGACUUGCUAGAUUUUCCUCUAAAAUAAAACCUGUGCUUGGCCUGAUCUUCCUGCUGCCACUGGAGCUUUUUGGCCAUCUUUGCUUUUGUAUUCAAGUGACCAGACUUACCUCUGUGUCAGAGAUGGAUGACUUGGGGAUUAUGCAAUAGUGGCUCUUCCGAUAUAAACUCACUUCAUUCAUUAGCUUUUCUGCCUCAUCCUAGAUGCAGCAUCUAGUCUCUCCAAAUUGUUUUUACCAAUGUGGAUGAGCAUCUCAGCACUCAAAGGGUUCAUCCCCCUUCUCACACUCAUACAGAAGAGAGCACACAACUUGCGGGGUGCAGAGAGGGAAGUGACACUGACUUAGCAGUGGUCACUUAGGGAGCAGGAAACUGGGCAGAAGACUCCGAAGUUCCUAGCCUGUGCCCCAACAACUUAGAGCAGCCUGUAAGAACAAUCUUUUGAACGUCUGGCAGUACCGGAGUUAGAAAUGGGAGUCCAGGCUGGGGUCUGGGGAGAAGGGCCCAAGGGAAGGUCUGAAGAGAAGAUGGUUGAGGAGAGAAGAUGGCAUUCUUAAAGAAAAAGGUCUCUGCAAUAGGGACUGUGUUUCUUCACAGCUGUCUGUAGCUGUGCUCCCUUGGCACCUAGUGGAGGGCUGUGUCCUCUGUGCUUCUGAGCUUGCUGAAAUAGUGAGGUACAAUGGAAAAAGGGAUGUCUCUAGUCCCUGUCUCCCUGUGAGCUUUGGCCGUGCUUGCUUUGUUAAUUGUUGACAAUCCAGAGAAGCCACCUACCUCCCUGUGUCACAGCCUCCCUCUGGUCCACCACAUGCCCCAGGCUGCUGUGUUCUUGGCCCACGUUGCAGUUCGCUUUGCCAGGCUCUGAGCAAAACUUGGCCUCCCUGAUGAUAACUUCUACUGACUGCUUUUGCUGCAGUCCCAGCCUUUCUGCUGGCCGUAUUUGAGGUUGUCCUGAUGUUAGCACUAGGCUUGCAUUAAGUAGUGCUUGGAGGGAGGUGAGGACUCUAAUGAUAACUAUACUUGAGGAAAUUAAUUCAUGCGUGGACACCUAUGUAGCAAGCUUAGAGUGUGAUGUCCUGUGUCUGUCUUCUCUGACUGUGCCUCUGGAUUAUCAUCUUGUAAGAAGUGCACAAAAUACCCAGGCUGUGUUCAUUGACUGGCUUUUGUUUUUUUUCCCCCGAAUGCCUUUUCAGUUGAUCUGAAGCCAGUCCCAACAGAUCCAGCAGGACAUGUAGUUUUGUUUACAGUGGACCAUCACUUUUGUUUUUACUCUUGUUCUUUGUGGAGGUAACUUGUCUAAUGUUACUGUGAAUAUCAAGAAUCCCCUGUAAAUAAUUAGCCAAUAAAAUAGAUUGCAUUUUA